CGAAAUUAACGUUUGAUUUUUCACGGUUCUUUCAUCUGCCUAUAUAAACCUUGCCAUAUCCCAUUGUUUCAAUCACAAACCCAAUUCCCAUUACAUUUAUUUCAUUUAAUUUAAGUUUUUCUUAGAGACAAAUAAAAAGAUCUCUAGCUUUAUUCCGUACAAGAUCAUAAGUUGCAAAAACAAAAUGAUGCAAGGAAAGAAGAUUUACGCAGCUAAGACUUCGUUUGGCCGAUCCGAUUUUCCCAGAGGAUUUUUGUUUGGAACUGCAUCAUCAGCUUACCAAUACGAAGGAGCCGUGAACGAUGCCACUCGAGGGCUAAGUGUUUGGGAUACUUUUGUCCGCAAACAUCCAGAACGGAAUUGUUACUCUGAUGCGGACCAAGCUGUUGAGUUUUAUCACAAUUACAAGGAAGAUAUUCAAAGAAUGAAAGAUAUCAAUAUGGAUUCAUUCAGAUUCUCAAUCUCAUGGCCACGGAUUCUUCCUCAUGGAAAGAAAAGCAAAGGAGUUAACAAGGAGGGAAUCAAAUUCUACAACGACCUUAUCGACGAACUCCUAGCCAACGGAAUCACACCUCUCGCAACUUUGUUCCACUGGGAUACUCCACAAGCCUUAGAAGAUGAAUACAAUGGGUUUCUUAGCGAAAAAGCUGUUGAUGAUUUCCGCGAAUUCGCUACCAUAUGUUUUGAGGAAUUUGGUGACCGUGUGAAGUAUUGGGUUACGUUAAAUGAGCCGUGGGUUUACAGUAUUGGCGGUUAUGAUACCGGAAGGAAAGCUCCCGGUCGUGCCUCUAAAUACAUGAACGAAGCAGCUUUGGCCGGUGAAUCUGGCCUCGAGGUUUAUACUGUUAGUCACAAUCUACUCUUGGCUCACGCUGAAGCUGUUGAAGUCUUCAGGAAAAACCCUAAGUGUAAAGGUGGUAAAAUCGGUAUUGCACAUUGUCCGGUCUGGUUUGAACCUUACGACUCGAACUGUCCUGAUGAUCAAGAAGCGGUUGAGCGUGCCAUGGAAUUUAUAUUACCGUCGUUUACUGCAGCUCAAUCUAAGAAGUUAAAAGGAUCUUUUGACUUCGUAGGAGUGAAUUAUUACAGUGCCUUCUACGUUAAAAACGUUGUUGACGUGGAUCCUACUAUUCCCAAUUGGAGAUCCGACGCACGCAUCGAAUGGAAAAAACAAAACAAAGCAGGACAAACUUUGGGUCCUAGAGGUGGUUCAGAGUGGGACUUUUUAUACCCACAAGGAUUAAGAAAGUUUCUAAACCACGCCAAAAACAAAUACGGAAACCCUAAAUUUAUGAUAACUGAAAAUGGACAUUGCGAUAUAGACUAUGAAAAAAAAGCAAAACUCUCGAAUCUGAUGGAUCUUCAAAGGACAGAGUACCACAAAAAACAUCUCCAAAGCAUCCACCAAGCUAUCAAGGAGGAUGAUGUUCAAGUAGAAGGAUACUAUGCAUGGUCAUUGCUGGACAAUUGCGAAUGGAACGCUGGUUAUGGAGUUCGUUACGGAUUAUUCUAUGUAGACUACAACAACGGUCUAAAACGUUAUCCAAAAAUGUCGGCAAUGUGGUUCAAAGAGUUUUUGAAGAAAGAAGAUAUCGAAGAUUCAGAGAAAGAAGGAUUGUUGAAUUCUGUUGUUCACAAAAAGAGGAAGAGAUUCUUAACGUCUUCUGGUUCGCUUUCCUGUUUUAUACCUAAGAUGUCUGAAUCCUCCAAGGCACUUGAACUCUUUUUCUAAGAUCAUUUUUUGUAAAAAGUUUCGAAACAAAUUAUCAUCAUUAUUAAUAUAUACAUAUAAUUUCACAAAACUUAGUAAAUAAAUAUACACAUUUUAAAAUGACGUAUAAACGGUGCUUACAGACUGCAUACG